AUGGCCCCAACCAAGCCUGAUGUCAAGUCUCGUCUCCCUGCCCGCAAGCGAGCGCCUCCCGCUAGCCACUUCAAAGACGAAGACAUCCUGCUCCUCUGGACAGCCUUCAAGAUGACCAAUAUGGAGGUCACCAACCCAGCUCUAGCUCAGGAGCUCGGCGUCAACAUUCCUGCCGCUCGUAUGCGCUGGACUCGUCUGAAGGCCAAACUGGUGGCCUUCGAGGAGAAGGAAAAGGAGGCUAAGGCCGAAGCUUCCCCUGCUGCUUCCCCUGCUGCUUUUCCUGCUGUCGCUUCUCCUGCUUUCCCCACCGACGCCACCAUGGAAGAUGUUGGUGCGGCCGAAGACAACGAGGCCACCAACGACGCUGUCAAGGAUGAGAGCGCGGAGUGA